AUGACAACCGAUGGUUUGGAUAAGAAUAGUUUUCGUUCAAUUACGCGAGGCCAAUCACAAUCCAGACUUUUUACAUUCGCGUUCGAUGAUCCUCAAUCAAUAUUAAACUUGAAAAUCUCAUCGUGUACCGCGCUCAAAGCAAAUAUUGACGGGAAAGACGUCUACUGGCCAUAUACAGUAACCACGCGACCUGACACUCAAGUCUGUCUCGAAUUUCCAAUCAAAUAUUUUCCACAAGGUGUUAUGUCGAAAUCUAUACAUAACAUGAAAAUGGGAAUCAAAUUUAGAUCAACAGACCAGGCAAGUAGUAUCUCAUAUUGUAAUUUAAUAAAUAUUUCCUUUAUACCUCUUUUAGUACCAAAAUAUGAUUAUCAGUCGUAUGAAUUUAAAAAUUUAACACUGAUUGUUGGUGGUACCGCGUCUAACGUCGAUGUUACAAAUGAUCAAAGAAGUUUUGUUUAA